GAUUGUUUAUUUUGGUUCAUGCGCUUUUACGUAUCCCGUUUAUAUUGUUUUUCGUAAAUAUUGCAUAAUAUUUGCAAUGGCAAAUUCGUUUGAUAAACUUCGAGAGUUGGACUUAUCACGUGACGAAGUAGAACGGAUAGGUGAGGCUCUGAAGAACAAGGAAUUUAGGAAGCUGCUCAGUGACUACGUGGAGGAGGUCCAAAACCCCGAAAACAAGAAGCUGUACGAAAAAGAAAUCACUCAGUUAGAGAAAGAACGUGGUGUUGAUGUUACUUUUAUUCAUCCCAAACCGGGUUACGUGAUAAAAACUAGUGUAAACGGCAAUCAGAAAGCUUUCAUCAAUAUCUGUGCCAACGAUCACAUAAAAAAACCAUCAUCAUCUCCCACGAUCAAGGAAGGAGAGAAAGGUUUGUCUUGGUCGUUGCCACAUUCACUGUCACCCCCUCGUGAAGACGUAGAUAAUAAAGGUGUACGUUGCCAAGUGUUUGACGUAGUUUUCCAUCCAGACACCCUCCAUUUAGCAGAGAAAAAUAAGACCUUUCGCACUAUGGUGAAUAGUGCUGCUUUAGAUGCUGUAGAAUCAAGUUUUGAUGUCUCCUUGGACAAGAAGAACCUGAAGUUUCCAAAGCUUUCCUACAAGGGUGUCCCACGUGCUAGUGUCAUAAGAAAACCCUCCGAAACUAAACCAGUUGAGCGCUUACCUGAAGAAAAGGAAAUGUUUGAUAAAAUUUAUGCUCAGAUGCCUAACGUUAAUUCUAGUCCAUCCAAAAAACCUAAGAAAUCGUCUAGGAAAAGCAGUGUUGAAGACAAAUCUGUCUAUGCGACACCAAAGUAUGUCAUCAAGCAUAGAAGUCAUGUGGACAUUCAGGAGUUUACUGAGCAUAAAGAGUCGAAAAUGAACGCAGCAAUACCGAAAGAACUUAUAGUAGAGAUUAAUUUGCCUUUGAUAAAAUCUGCAACGGAUAUUACGUUAGACGUUACAGAAAAAACAGUACAACUUGUAAGUGAAAAACCUGCCAAGUACAAACUUAAUUUAACAUUACCAUAUAACGUCAAUGAAUCAGUGGGUAAUGCUAAAUUUGAUAAAGACCUGAAGAAACUUGUAGUAACGCUACCCGUAAAACGCAAUACAAAUUUGUUGCUGUGUGACUGUAAGGAUGAUAGUGGCGUAGAAAGUGAUCAAUUUUCUCCAGGUACCCCAGAAUCCGAGGAGGAAGUUAGUGAAAAACAAGAAAACAGACAAUUAGUUAGUGAACAUAAACCUAGUGAAAAAUGUACGGAAAAUUCGAGUGAGUUUAGGACUAAAUUCUUAGAUGAAAAUAUACAUUACAACUUACCCGAAUUUACUUGUCAUGUUUUUGAAAAUAUCAUUGCAUUUACCUUGAACGUUAAAAAUGUAGAUGAAAAUUCUGUUGGUAAAUUUAUCGAUAGUACAAGCUCGUCAAUUCACAUAAAAUUUACCAGUAUAGGCUCAAGUUACUACCCAUCAUAUUACGCGUUCUUUCUAAAAUUUCUGUCGCACCGAAUUGAUGAAGAAAACACAACUAUAGAAGUUUGGGAUAACAACGUAGUACUUCAGAUACAUUUCAAAACUUACGACAAACAAAUCAAGUCUUACUUGUAUGGUGUUGCUGAAGAAAAUUUAACAGAAAAAUAUGUUGAAGAACCUGAGAUCCUCAAUCAAAUCCUUGAAGAAAAUAAAGAGGAUGGUCAAAUGAAAGAAUCUGAUGGAAAAGAAGAAAAGAACAGCAAAAACGAGAUCGAGAAGUAUGAAGAAAAACAGUCGUCUCCUUCAAGUGAUUUGAAUAGUAGUGUGGAAGAAAUUAUAGAAAGGAAAACGCAAAGCAAAGCUAUUGAUAUUGUAGGCACCUCAUACGAAUCGAGUGGAGAUGAGUUAAGCUGCAAUAGUUAUAGCCCGAGAAAAAGUAAAGGUAUUCUGAAAAGGCUGCCGAUGAAACGUCAUUCCGUAGGACGUAGCGUGUCAGAAUCUAGCUUGGAUGAUUUUAUUUGUUCUUCCUCGUUUGAAAAUUGCCAUACCAGCCUCGAUUCGGUCAUCCCUGAGGAUGGAGAGAUUUCAACUAGCUUGAAGAAAACCGUACGAUUCAACGAUGUCGUUAUGAGGCAACUGUUUAGAUCAAAUUCUAGCAUCCUAGGCCAGAAGAAGAAGAACCAACGUAAAUCCAAGAACAAGAAACGUGCUCAAGAACGCCGACACAGUGAGAGUGAAGCGUCGGAAAGUGAUGACAAGAAGGAGAGAGAUUCAAAGGACUGCGAACAGUGUGAUAAUAACGAAAACGAAGAAGUCGAAGAGACUAACAAGAAGGAAGAUCAUGAUAUUUUCCAAAUAGACAUUGACAAUUAAUUUAGACUAAACAUUGACGAGGGACGGAGUAAAUUUUUUCUUUUUUUUUUCGAAACAUUUUAUUGCAUUUUCUGCUACUAGUUUCUACUAAAUCAUUAUUUUAAUAUACACUUUAAUUACGGCUUGUCACAUGUAGCUUUGUUUUAUAGUUAUGGUUUUUUUGCAUAUUCCCAGUGAAAAAUGUGUGAGCACAUCCAAUAUUUGCAAUGUAAUUGUAAUUUAUGUUGCUUUAUUUUUGUCUUAAAGACUUUCGGGACUGUCCUACGUACUCGUUUAAAUCUUGAUGAAAUAAUAAGUGGAGCAUAUCAUGCUUUGUAGUUUCAGCAUCUUACACCUCUAUUUCUAAACGUCUAAUGGUUUUAAGGAUAUCUUUAAUGUAAUUGGGUUCACACGAUAAAAAUACUAAGAAAAAAAAA